UCUGUGUCCGUGUAAAGAUGGCGGAAGCAGAGGAGUCCAGCAAGCCUUUGUUUGCAGGUUUGUCUGACAUUUCAAUCUCAGAUGACAUCCCAGUGGAGGGGGACAUAUCGGUGCCAGUGGGCACACAUAAUACAGAUGAUGAUCUCUCGACUUUGGAUGAGCCAGUCAAAGACACCAUUCUGAGGGAUUUGAGAGCCGUUGGGCAGAAGUUUGUCCAUGUGAUGUACCCCAAGAAAAGUUCUGCGUUACUCAGAGACUGGGACCUAUGGGGACCUCUCCUCCUCUGUGUCACCCUGGCUUUAAUGUUGCAGGGUGGAUCAACUGACAGCGAGGAAGAUGGCAGGCCACAGUUUGCAGAGGUUUUUGUCAUCAUCUGGUUCGGUUCUGUAAUCAUCACCCUAAACUCCAAACUCUUAGGAGGAACUAUAUCAUUCUUCCAGAGUCUGUGUGUGUUGGGAUACUGUAUUCUUCCUCUGACUGUGGCUAUGAUAGUUUGCCGCAUUGUUCUGCUGGGGGGCUCAGGCGUCUUCAGUUUUGCUGUCCGUCUCAUUGUUGUCACCACCUCCUUUGGCUGGUCAACAUUUGUCAUUUGGGGAAUUCAGUGAGAUUUAGACUGAGACCAGAGUUGACCCAGUGACACAGUGUGUGUGUUAUCCACAGCCUCCACAGCAUUUCUUGCAGACAGUCAACCGGUCAACAGGAAAGCUCUGGUCGUGUAUCCAGUGUUCGUGUUCUACUUUGUGAUUGGUUGGAUGGUCUUGACAUUUUCGCCUUCUCAUUAGCAUACAUAUACCCUACGCCAAUUGUGUAUAGACUUUAAUUCCUUCCCUUUACAAAGACCACCAGUAGAUUGUCUGGAAGCUGGUCAGUGAUUGGCCUAGAAUCAAAUGAGGCGGAGCACUUUGACUUUGAAGACUUAUCAAGGGACAAACAGUGGAGAGUAAGUGGAUUAUUGAUAUCAUUAUCACUCCUCCCCAUCCCUCAUUCAGUUGGAGAAGGAGAGGAGGACAUCCAUUAUUCUGCGCUACUUAUUUAACAACAGUCUACGUCACUCUCAGUCUGUCAAACUACGGAAGCUGGCACCUUGUGUGUGUGUGUGUGUGUGUGUGUGUGUGUGAGAGAGUGGGAGAGAAUAUGUGAGUCUUGAUGUGCGCAAAUACGUGAAUAUGUUUUGUUACGUGUGAGGAACAACAUUAGUGCCCUUUUUAUUACUGUUACAGUCACACCCCUAACAUGGAGACUAGAUACUUUGUACUGUGUGUCAGGCAUGGCUUUGUGCAUAAAAAGCCAUGUCGGUGUGCAUAUGCUUAUUCAGGCACAGACAUGUGAUUGUGUGAGCGUGCAUGUAAUUGCUUGUGUGUUUGAUUGAACAGUAUGUCAGUUGCCUCUGCUGGGAGCUGUAAAAUCCUCCUGGAGAAUUAUUCAGCUGUUAUCAGGCUGCACAUUCACUUCAGUUUUUACUAACAGAGGUCAGGUCUCUAAAACUCCCUUAAUACACUGUGCACAACAACAGACCUGGAGAGGGCUGAACUUUUUUCUUUGGUGUUUUCUUUGUUCUGAAUGAUUUUUGUUUGGACAUAAAUUAAAUGUAUUUUGUUCUAAAUGGUGGAGGAAGUUAAGACAUUCCAGAAUGAAAUAAAAAUUUACUUUCUAAGUGCAGCAGA